AUGAGCUUCAUCGUAGGGAGGAUUUUAAUCGAGAACCGGAAGUGUUCAGGCGUGGGAAAGUCUCUGCGCUCCCUUACCUCUAGGGGUUUCUUCCUUUGCGAUCUGCCCAGCAGAUCUCCGGAUCUCCGGCCCGUCGGUUGCUUUUGCCUCCCCGGAGGAAAGGGAAGGAUCUGCGCCAGCGAGGGCUCCGGGCAGCCGGUAGGAAACGGAGUUGCCUUGACCCCAAAGUGCGUUCCCACGCGAGAGGGAGCCUCAAAGUUCUGCGCGCUUUUGCGCGCUUGGUGCGGAGUGGCCCGUCGCGCGCCCGCGUCGGAAACCGGGUGGGUUUGUAGCAGCGCAACACGCGUGUCUUGGGAAUUCAACUUGUGGCUCCCCGUGGGGACUCGGCUCCGCCAUCUUGCUCUCCAUCCCGUUAUGAUCACAGGGCGAGAGUGCCCCUGAGCAGGUGCAGAGCGUUCAGGGCCGGACUGAGACCUUUGGAGGCCUUAAAAGAUUUGGGUGCGCCCAUAUAAUGGGUGUAGCCAAGGUGGGAGAAGGGAGGCACAGCUGUCCCCCCCCCCCAAAUCAGUACAAAUACAGUGGUACCUCGGGUUACAUACGCUUCAGGUUACAGACUCCGCUAACCCAGAAACAGUACCUCGGGUUAAGAACUUUGCUUCAGGAUGAGAACAGAAAUCGUGCUCCGGCGGCCCGGCAGCAGCAGCGGGAGGCCCCAUUAGCUAAAGUGGUGCUUCAGGUUAAGAACAGUUUCAGGUUCAGAACGGACCUCCGGAACGAAUUAAGUACCUUUACUUAACCCGAGGUACCACUGUACAUAGCUAUUGUAUUUUAGUGUUUUGUUGUAAGCCGCCCAGAGUGGCUGGGGAGACCCAGCCAGAUGGGCGGGGUAUAAAUUAUUAUUAUUAUUAUUACUGAGAUUCUGUUCUCCCCCAACAAAAGGCCUGCGCUCCCCUAACAAAAAUCCUGGCAACGCCCAUGGGUCAUAUGCUGUGUAUCCAAUUCAGAAUAUAAACAAUAAUAAACUGUAAAAUGAAAUUUUAUUUUGGGAAAUGAAAUGAAACCUGCAGUAAGAUGGAAAAUAAAGUUGAUAUUUGACUCCCCCCCUCCUUUUUCCAAUUGCAAAGCCUUUGAUGGGAGCCUCAAAAUUAACCACACCAGGUAACAUCAGAGGGAAAAUUGACAUAAGUGAAGCCCACUCCAUUGACUCAGCUGAAGCCCUUUGGCUUCUCCCUUCCCAGGCCUAUCUCCUUGCAGCGACUCUCUCUCCUACCCAUAAUGCAGCAGUACAAAAGGUCUGGUACCCGAAGAUGCUCAUUUCCCAGUUGUUUCAUGCCUGUAAUCCAUUUAUAAACACACAACCAGUGUGGUGUAGUGGCUGGAGAGCUGGACUAGGAGCCGAGAGACCAGGGCUGACAAAAAGACAGCACAUAAAUGUAGCCUAUGCAGCGCAGAUAACUCUGUAACCAUGUCCAUCCCCUAAGACUCUUGGCAAAUGUCUUCUGCUUCGUUGGCAGUUGUACAUUUUCUGCCAGUUUCUGCAAAGAACGACAUGCAGCCCUGAAAAAAACAACAACAGUGAUUUCAGGCAAGGCCAAAGGGCAGGCUUUUAUCCGGUACUCAUCAUGCCGCUCCGAUGAGGCCAGUCGUUCAGUGCUGCUGAACUUUGAACCUCAUUCUUGAGGUCAGCUGCAGUUUGCAACUCAAGCUGGGCUAAUUGGACGCUGUUGGCGCUUUGCUGGAAACCAGCAAAAAUCAACUGUUAGAACCCAAAACCAAGAUUUUGUCAAAGAUGUAUAACUUGCUGUUGAAAUGGAAUACUCAGGAUGAAACGGUGAAAUCUGCUAUGAUUAAAUGGGCACAAGAUGUUGGACAUAACAUAAUGAUGGCUGACUGGGAACAGUUAUGGACCACAGGUAUGAAGUUUACGGUAUGUAAUGCCUUAAGAGAGAAUAUUAUGAAAAUGAUAUACAGGUGGUACAUGACACCAGUCAAGCUUGCAAAAAUCUAUCAUUUGCCCGACAAUAAAUGCUGGAAAUGUAAAGAAACUGAAGGUACAUUCUUUCACCUUUGGUGGACAUGCCCAAGGAUUAAGGCUUUCUGGGAGAUUAUCUAUAAUGAAAUGAAAAAGGUAUAUAAAUAUACCUUCCUGAAGAAACCAGAGGCCUUUCUCCUGGGCAUGGUAGGCCAAUUGGUGCCAAAGAAGGACAGAACUUUCUUUAUGUAUGCUACAACAGCAGCAAGAAUACUUAUCGCAAAGUAUUGGAAGACAUAAGAUUUACCCACCCUGGAAGAAUGGCAGAUGAAGGUUAUGGACUAUAUGGAACUGGCGGAAAUGACUGGCAGAAUCCGAGACUAGGGAGAAGAGUCGGUGGAAGAAGAUUGGAAGAAAUUUAAAGACUAUCUACAGAAAUACUGCAAAGUCAUGAGUGUUGGAUUAGUGUAGCUGGCAAUUUUCAGUAAAAGUCAUGGACCCUCUUUCUCCAAAUUUGAAAAAAUUCCUUCCACCACCUCCAGUUUGCUAUAAAUGGGGACUUUUGCCGAUGCACCCCAUGAAUAAUUUUGGUUCAGCCUGUGCCAAAUAUUUAAAGGAUCUCCUACUCCCUUCCCAUCAAAGAGCUUUUAUGCUUGCGAGACUAAAUGCUUUCGUCUCUGCAGUGACCAAAGGCAGAGUCCAGUGCUGGAUUUACAUAUACAGUGGUACCUCGGGUUUACAUACGCUUCAGGUUACAGACUCCGCUAACCCAGAAAUAGUACCUCAGGUUAAGAACUUUGCUUCAGGAUGAGAACAGAAAUCGUGCUCCGGCGGCGCGGCAGCAGCAGGAGGCCCCAUUAGCUAAAGUGGUGCUUCAGGUUAAGAACAGUUUCAGGUUAAGAACGUACCUCCGUUACGAAUUAAGUACUUAACCUGAGGUACCACUGUAAGCUAAACAAGCUAUAGCUUAGGGCCCCACUCUCUUGGGGGGCCCCCGAAAAUUUAAAGGGAAACAAAACUGAUGUAAGCUAUGGGCCCUGCCUGCUAGCCUGAUCCCUAAAAUAUCACUGGUUUGCUCAUUUCUACUUCUUAAUUGUAUUUCAGUUCAACAAUUACUUUGAUAAAAUAGAUAUUGUGUUGUAUCCAAAUGGCUUUAGAUACCAAUUAGGUCCAUAAAUGAGCAAAUAGCAUAUACUGUAUUUUUCGCUCCAUAAGAUGCACUUUUUUCCUCCUAAAAAGUAAGGGGAAAUGUCAGUGUGUCUUAUGGAGCGAAUGCGUGGUCCCUGGAGCCGAAUUGUCCAGGGGCGAAAAGAAGAUCGUGCUUUUUUUUUUAGAAAGAGGGAAGGGGGUGUUGAAACAAAGCCGCUGAUCAGCUGAUCAGCAAGCGAUCGGGAGGGGAGAUAAGGGACUCUAGCGAUAAAGGAGGUUACCUGGUAGGGGGGAGGUAAAAGCACUUGGAUCCGCAGGAUUUUUGCAUUGGGUCACCCCAAAUUAUCCAUCAGAUCACAUAGCAUGUCCAUGGCUACAGCCUGCACCAAAAAAAUCACGCAUCCACUGUUUCGUGGGGCUGCAGUGGUGCAAAAAACAUGGUUACAAAGCACAGAUCCACAUGGAUCCUCAGGAUUUUUGCAUCGGGCUAUCCCAAACUCACCGUCAAAUCACAUAUCAUGUCUGUGGCCACAGCAUGAACCACAAAAAUCAUACAUCCAAUGUUUCGUUCAGAAUAUUUUUUUUCUUGUUUUCCUCCUCUAAAAUCUAGGUGCGUCUUAUGGUCGGUUGCGUCUUAUGGAGCAAAAAAUACAGUGUUCAACACAAAAAACAGCGACCAUUUGUUGACAAAGGACAGCUGGACAUAUAAGGGCCCUGUUACCUUCAGUAGCUUAGGGCCUCAUCAAACCUAAAUCUGGCCCUGGCAGAUUCUCACACAUUCCAUUCAAGCCUGUUUGUGUGCCUGCAAUCGAGAAGUACCAGAUUCAAUGGACCACAUUCUCUUAGAUUGCCCUUUGCACAGCAGACCUCGCCAACUGAUGCUGAGCAAAAUGUUGGACCUCCGGCCCACAGCUCUGAGAAGAAGCCAAAGAAGGUUUCUCCUGGCAGAUCAGGACGAAGAUAUUACUGCUUUAGUAGCUUCCUUUUUAGCCACAGUCUUACCCGAUAUGGUUCCCAAUGAACUAUCCUUUUGGGAAAUAGACAGGGUAUAGCACAGGCAUAGGCAAACUCGGCCCUCCAGAUGUUUUGGGACUACAACUCCCAUCAUCCUUGACCACUGGUCCUGUUAGCUAGGGAUGAUGGGAGUUGUAGUCCCAAAACAUCUGGAGGGCUGAGUUUUCCUGUACCUGGAUAUCCAAAUGCACACAACCAUAGUGUGACCUUUUAACCCUUGAUAGCUUCACCCUUGUCUUUUUAAUCAUUCCAGUUAAUUGAAAUGUUUUAUGCUGUGGUGCCAAUAAAGGUAUUUGAUUGAUUGAUUGAUUGAUUGAUUGAUUGAUUGUUUUUGGUUCAGGAUUGCAAAAUCUGGUUUCUUUCUGGUUGCUAGAGAUACCGGUCACAGGAAGGCAAAAGUUAUGAGAUGUAUCCAUAGUCCGAAGAUCCUCAGGUCUGAAGAUAAUUUGCUGUAAUUGUUUUGUGUGUUGCAGGGGCCAAGAACAGAAACAUGAGGUAUGUCAGCACGCGAGGAGGAGCCGGAAGUGUGGAUUUUGAAGGUGCUCUUUUAUCAGGCUAUGCAAGUGAUGGUGGUCUUUUCAUGCCUCAAAAAAUCCCAGCUUUAGACUCUGCCACACUUCGAAAAUGGAGCAGCUUCUCUUACCCAGAACUGGUGAAGCAAUUGUGCUCUCUCUUCAUUUCGCCUGAGCUUAUUCCGGAAGCGGAACUAAAUGGUAAAUGAAUCCAGAUCAGCUAUUGAGAUUUGACAGCCUUCAAAACUAUGUUAGAUUUAUUUCAUGGGAAAAUGUUAUUUGCUCCCUUUCGUAUAAUGUAAUUAAUUUCGGGUGACUCGACAGCAGCGGUAGAUGUGCUGGUACUAUUGAUUAUUCUUAUUGUGUUUUAUUCAACUUUAUCUCCCCCCCCCAAUUUUUUUUUUCCAUUUUAUAACACAAAUAAAAAACACAAACAGAAAAGACAAACAAUACAAACAAAUUCUUGUCAUAUCCUUAUUUUUCUAAACAUUGUUAAGUGGGAUUCCCCAAGUCCCACCUACCUGAUUUCCAUUUUACUUCAUCUUUAGCAGUUUACAUAUAUCAUAAUUUCUAACCAUCUUUUUUUUUUAAAAAAUCACACUUAAAAUAACUUCACAUUUUAUCACUUACAAAUAAUACUAUUUUAAAAUACCCUAUCUUCUACUUCUAACCCUACAACCUAUAUCCACUUCCAAAAUUUUCUAAGAUUUAAAUAUUAACCUAUUUUUCCAAAUAUUCCUUAAACUUCUUCCAGUCUUCUUCCACCGUCUCUUCUCUCCCGAUCAGUUCGGCAAGUUCCAUAUACUUGUGUUUUAUUCAACUUUAUCAGUGUGCAUUGUGCAACAAAAUCCUGGGCAGUUUGAAAUUUCAGCGAGAGGGUGCUAAAGUUCGUUUAAACUGGAAAUACAGUCAAACCUUGACUCCCCAAUGCCUCCGUUACCGUACGUUCUGGCUCCCGAAAACGACGAAAACCCGGAAGUAAGGGUUCCAGUUUUCGAACGUUUUUCGGAAGCCGAACGUCCGAUGUGGCUUCCGUUUGAGUGCAGGAAGCUCCUGCAGCCAGUCGGAAGCCACGCCUCGGUUGUCGAACAUUUCGGAAGCCGGAAGGGCUUCCGGAAUGGAUUAAGUUCGACAACCGAGGUUUGACUGUAGCAGUCGUGGGUGAGGAUCAAGAUCAAGACUGCAAUAAGCAGCAGCCAGGGGGCGGAGUUAACCCUUUCCUUCUGUGCUGCGUUCCCAACAAAACCUCUAUCGCAGGCAUAGGCAAACUCGGCCCCCCACAUGUUUGGGGACUACAACUCCCAUCAUCCCUGACCACUGGUCCUGUUGGCUGGGAUGAUGUGAGUUGUAGUCCCAAAACAUCUGGAGGGCCGAGUUUGCCUAUGCCUGUUCUAUUGGCACCAGCAGGAAAGAAUAUCUCUGACCAGCCAAAUAGUAUUGGGGAUUGGGAUGCAAGACCCCAGUUGAGCUUCAGACCAUAUUGGGCGGCUCCCAAUCAAGUGUUAAAAACAAUACAGCAUUAAAUAUUAAAAGCUUCGCUAAACAAGGCUGCCUUCAGGUGUCUUUUAAAGAUAAGAUAGCUGCUUAUUUCCUUCACAUCUGAAGGGAGGGUGUUCCACAGGGCAGGUGCCACCACCAAGAAGGCCCUCUGCCUGGUUCCUUGUAACCUCACUUCUCGCAAUGAGGGAACCACCAGAAGGCCCUCGGCGCCGGACCUCAGUGUCCGGGCUGAACGAUGGGGGUGGAGACGCUCCUUCAGGUAUACAGAACUGAGGCCGUUUAGGGCUUUAAAGGUCAGCACCAACACUUUGAAUUGUGCUUGGAAACAUACUGGGAGCCAAUGCAGAUCUCUCAGGACUGGUGUUAUGUGGUCCUGGCGGCCACUCCCGGUCACCAGUCUAGCUGCCGCAUUCUGGAUUAAUUGCAGUUACCGGGUGACCUUCAAAGGUAGCCCCACGUAGAGCGCAUUGCAGUAGUCCAAGCGGGAGAUAACUAGAGCAUGCACCACUCUGGUGAGACAGUCCGUGGGCAGGUAGUGUCUCAGCCUGUGAGCAGGUGGAGCUGGUAGACAGCUGCCCUGGACACAGAAUUGACCUGCGCCUCCAUGGACAGCUGUGAGUCCAAAAUGACUCCCAGGAUGCGCACCUGGUCCUUCAGGGGCACAGUUACCUCAUUCAGGACCAGGGAGUCCUCCACACCCGCCCGCCCCCUUCCCCCCAAAACAGUACUUCUGUCUUGUCAGGGUUCAACCUCAAUCCAUUAGCCGCCAUCCAUCCUCCAACUGCCUCCAGACACUCACACAGGACCUUCCCUGCCUUCACUGGUUCUGAUUUAGAGGUAGAGCUGGGUGUCAUCUGCAUACUGAUGAACACCCAGCCCAAACCUCCUGAUGAUCUCUCCCAGCAGCUUCAUAUAGAUAUUAAAAAGCAUGGGGGAGAGGAUGGAGGCACCCCACAAGUGAGAGCCCAGGGGUCUGAACACUCAUUCCCCACCACCACAUUCUCGACACAUCCCAGGAGGAAGGAGCGGAACCACCGUAUAACAGUGCCCCCAACUCCUCUAGACUGGAUGAGCCAGGGUUCUGCUCACUACACCUCUUUUGUCUGACCACAAAGAUUAGCCCAAAUUUGUGGACCACUGGCAUUGUAUUUCCCCUAAUUAAAUAUUGUUGCCUUUAUUCUGGAGUGCAGCAUUACUGAGGUAAAACUUGACUUGACCCUCAUGUUAAUAUAUCUGAAGGGCCAAUAUAUUGCUGUGCCAUUUUUAAAAAUUUUCCCCCAUGGUAAAUCUUUAUUGGUUUAAAAUACAGACACAAAUGAUCAUGAAGGUAAGUAUAAGAGAAUUGAAUACAAAAACACACACAUGAAGACAUAAGAACAAGAAAAAAGAAGAUAAAAAGAUAAAAAAGAAAAGAAAAAGAACCCAAAAUUUAUGCCAAAUCAUAACCAUCAAUUUAUGCAUAAAACUUCCAAUCGUUCUCAUUAUACUGUUUAUAUAAUCAUAAUUUUAUCACACAGCUUUACAUUAUAUCCUUUUUCAUGUAUCCCACUAAAGUAUUCGUUUCAUUCAUUUUUGCUUACAGGUAUCAUUCCAGUUCUGCUAAGAUGGUAUUAUUUGUACAAUAUAAUCUUAUAUAUUCCUUAAAUAUAUAUUCCAUAUAUAUUCUGAUUUCAAGCUCCUCUGACUUUUUGCUAGUUGGAAACAUUCUAUCAUGAGCGUCUGCCAUUCAAUUAUCGUUGGUAUUGUUUCGCCAUAUUUUCUUUCAUGGUUCCAAGCUAACGAUGUCUUUUGACUUGUCGUCUUCCGCUAGACCUGAUUGACAGAGCAUUCAGCAGGUUCAGGCACAAAGAUAUUGUUCACCUGUCAAGACUGGAGAAGGGCUUGAAUGUUCUGGAGUUGUGGCACGGCGUAACGUACGCUUUCAAGGACUUGUCGUUAUCCUGCACGGGGCAGUUCCUGCAAUAUUUCCUGAAGAAGAAGAAGAAGAAGCAUGUCACAAUUCUAGUGGGUAUGUUUGCAGCUAGGACUAAUGGAUUUCUGCUCGUUUUUUAAUAAUGUGCUGCCUUUGCUCAAAAUCCAUUUAUUACUUCUUUUCCCCUAGCCUCAACGUAUUUGCAUUUGCAUUUAGGCCGCUUCUCGUGUGUUCUAUAACUCACUGCCACGGGCUGCAUAUUUUGGGCACCUUGACAGAGUAGAGAGUAAGAAACAGGGAAGAUAAAAAUCAAUGAUUUUUAAAAAAUAAAAUAAAAUCUGAAUUUCUUAUUUAAAUCAGAUUUUCCCCACUCCUCCUUAAAAUUUCUGUCUUCCUGAUUUCUGAUUCUUCCUGUCAUUUUUGCCAUUUUGGCAUAAUCCAUCAACUUGAUCUGCCUUUCUUCUGUGGUUGGGACUUUAUCGGCCAUGGCCAUAAAUUUGGCUGCCUUUAAAAGACGAUUAAAUAAGUUCAUGGAGGAUAGGGCAGUCCUUGGCUACUAGCCACAAAGCUCCACUGUCAGAGCUUUGGAUCCCAGUUGGUUGGAAUCACAAGUGGAGAGAUUGCUGUUACUCUCGGGUUCCUGCUGGCAGCCUUUCCAUAGGCCAUUGUGAGAACAGGAUACCGGACUGGAUGGAAUCUUCUGAUGCUCAGGGUAGUGGGAAUGAAUGAAUGAAUUUUUAUUUGCGUCAGCCGUCGGCCAUAGCAAUAAAACAACAAUACAAUAUACAAAGAAUAGAAAUAAAAAAGUCAAUUAUAUAAAAUACAUUUUAGGGUUUUGAAUCAAUAGCCAAUCUUAUUCUGAUUGCCCCAGCUAAAAACCUUGCAGCCUGUUAUGUACUGAAGUUCUCACCCUGGGCCAGCAGGGGGAUACUGUAGAUAGUUUUCACUCAGGUCCACAUAUGCAAAUAGGGGAUUGAAAGUGACGUUCAGUGAUUGGCUAGUUACAGAAAGUUGCUACUGUUGCGUUGUAGUGGAGUUCUAUAUAAGCAGGCUGGCUGAACCCUUCAGUUCAGUUCUGUUCUGGCCUGUGAAUAAACAAGAGCUGUUUGCUGUCACCUGCUCAUCUUGAUCUGCCAAGAGAAAGGACACUGUGGCAGUGUCUGGGCGAUGCAGAAUGAACAAUAAAAGAGGGGUGAUAACCUCAUUCCUCAAGCCUUUAUAAAGAGUACUGCCAUAUCCACGGGGACAUAAAUGUUUUUCGUGUGGAAUCUGUUGGAAUCGUCCCUCAAGUACAGCCGAGGGCAAUACAUUCAAUCUUGCGAGAGUAAAAACGCGUCUAUAUUUUAGAAUUGCUAGGUUAUGCAGAUAGGGUGCCAGAGAGUCGAAAUGGGUAGGUGGGAAAUUGUCAUACCAUGGGAGUGGGAACCUAAAAGUGGAUCAGCGUUAUUGAUGGAGUUUCCUGGGAGUCAAUUGCUUAGCCUGGAGUGCGCCUUCUUUCCCUCUGACCUUGCAGACUCCCAGCAAGUCUUUAACAGUCUUGGUUAUUUUUUUUAAACAGGGACUUCAGGGGAUACUGGGAGUUCAGCCAUCGAAAGUGUCCGGGGUGAAAAGAACGUGGACAUAUUUGUUCUGCUUCCACGCGGCCUCUGCAGUCAGGUGCAAGAGCGGCAGAUGACGACAGUGAUUGAAGACAACGUCCACGUGUUUAUCAGUGAGCGACUCCAUUUUUAACUUCAGAAUGCUUCUGGGUUCGGUCAUUGUGGAUUUGUUGCCUAGUGGUCGGAGUGGUCAGCAGUGCUUUUUUCUGGGGGUACGCAUGCCCCUAAACAUUUUGUGAAUCUAAGUUUGGCCUCAUUGUAGGGGCAGUAUUUCAAUAUGGAGGAUGCAGGUGGCGCUGUGGUCUAAACCACGGAGCUUAGGGCUUGCCAGUCAGAAGGUCGGUGGUUUGAAUCCCCGCGACGGGGUGAGCUCCCGUUUCUUGGUCCCAGCUCCUGCCAACCUAGCAGUUCGAAAGCACGUCAAAGUGCAAGUACAGUGGUGCCUCGCAAGACGAAAUUAAUUCGUUCUGCGAGUUUUUUCGUCUUGCAAAGCACGGUUUCAAUUUUUUCAAAAAAAUCUUCAAAAACCUCAAAAAAGGCUACCACACCGCGUGCUAUGAGUUGCUCCCCGAAGUCAAGUUGCAACUGUAUUAACGGUUUUAAGAAAAAGGAAACAAACUUGCAAGACGUUUCCGUAUUGCGAAGCAAGCCCAUAGGGAAAUUCGUCUCGCGAAGCAACUCAAAAAACCAAAAACUCUUUCGUCUUGCGAGUUUUUCGUCUUGCGAGGCAUUCGUCUUGCGAGGUACCACUGUAGAUAAAUAGGUACCAUUAGAUAGUCCCAAACUAUCACAUCCUCUAAACGUGUGUGGUGGGAAGGGGAACAACCGAAACUUAGUGUUUUCUACUUUCAGUCUUCUCUUUUCCUUACCUGCAAUGGGGUAGGAUGUCUGAGCAAUCCAACAGGGAGCUCAUUCCAUUUUGGACUAUGGACUUUUGUAACUUUUAAGAAUUAUUACCUGCCUGAUUUUCAUCACUGUAUUUGUUGAAUCCUGGCAAGACUUUGCCAAGUGAGCAAACCUUGUAUUUUUCUUGUUUACUUAAACAGUCUGAGAGUGAUUUCAUUGUUAAGAGGGAAACGUAAAAAGGGAGACAAAAUCCCAGUUUGCCUAAGCACCUUGGAUAUCAUGAUUAUUCUAGAAGGCUAUGCACAGAGCUUUCUUUUCAGCCAGAACACACCAGAACUCAGUUCCAGCACCUCUCAGGUAGGCGCCAUUGCCAUUCUAAGAGAACAAGGGAGGCGUUCAUGGUGAGUUCCGGCACCUCUUUCCCUAAAAAAUAGGACUGGUUAUGCAACAUUGUACCAAAUAGCUUCUGGAGAUAAACUGCAUAAGGAUAGUGAUUUCUCUCUCUGCUGAAAUAGCUAUUUGCAUUCUCACACAAGUGGAAAGAGGAAGGAUAAUUAACAAAUAAAAUAUCCUCUCCUAGUCAUCUAAAACCAUCCAACAAAGCCCGCAACAUCUGAAUGGCACCAUGUUGGCUGCUCUCGGUGUAGACAGUACUGAACUCAAUGGACCACUGCCAGUGUUGGGAAAUCUGCAGUCAAAAUCACAAUUAUGUUUGCUACAUAAGUAUAUGAAGGGGUUAAGACUCACAGAGUUCCUGUAUUCCUAGAGAAGACAGAUCUGUGUGAUGUUAUACAGUCGUACCUAGGAAAUCGAACGGAAUCCGUUCCGGAAGUCCGUUUGACUUUCAAAACAUUCAGAAAACAAAACACGGCUUCUGAUUGGCUGCAGGAAGCUCCUGCAGCCAGUCAGAAACAUUGAAAGCCCCAUCGGACGUUCGGGUUCCAAAAGAAUGUUCGCAAACCGGAACACUCAUUUUAAGGUUUGCAUCGUUUGGGAGCCAAAACGUCUGAGUUCCAGGGCGUUUGACAACCAAGGUACGACUGUAUUCCCUACAUCCUGUGCUGGGAAAUAGGGCAAAGGAUCUUAAUCUUUUCUCCUUCCUCCUCGCCUCUAUCUGUUUCUUCUUUUCAAGCCAGCAAUGUGCUCAGAUAUAAAUGCCUGGCCUCUGCUCAGAGUCCAGUAAAAAGCACGAAGUGUUUUUACUCUGCUAAAAGUCCUUCACAGCCUGAUUACUCUCGUACUGUGGUACCUCUGGUUGCGAAUGGGAUCCGUUCGCAACAUGAAAAGAGCGCAACCCGCAGCAGCGCAUCUGCGCACGCACGGGUUGCGAUUUGCCGCUUCUGCGCAUGUGUGUGACAUCAUUUUGCAUUUCUGCGCAUGCGCGAGCGGCGAAACCCGGAAGUAACCCUUUUCGGUACUUCUGGGUCGCCAUGGGACGUAACCUGAAAGAACGUAACAUGAAACGGACAUAACAUGAGGUAUGACUGCAUUUCUCUCACAUACACACAUGGGACGGGAGGUUUAAAUUUUAGUUUACGGAUUUCAUCCUCAACCGCUCACCAUCAGCUGGCAGGUCCUUUUACAAUCUUUGGUGCCCUGCUUUCUUCACAAUCCCCUUCUCCUCUGGGCUGGCAAUGGCGCAGUAGAGCGAGGCACACUUCUGUGACACGACUGAAGUAGCACCCUUCAUGCCUGCCUCUUCCAUCCCUGCUUCUCCCUCCAGCUGAAGGCAACAGUGAUGAAAUUGAUGAGCCCAUCAAAGAACUCUUUGCGGAUGAGGAUUUUUCAAGGAGACACAACCUGAUGAGUCUGAAUUCAAUCAACUGGUCCAGAAUUCUGGUGCAGAUCGCUCAUUUUUUCUAUGCCUACUUCCGGUGUGCUCCAUCUAUGGGUGCUGCUCCGCUGCCAGUUGUGGAGGUGGUUGUUCCAACUGGGGGAGGAGGAAAUCUCACAGGUUAGCAAAAUCCAACAACACCAAAAUGCUUCCUUGAGUCGUAAUGAAUUGUGCUGGACCUGUCUGAAAGUUGCAUCGCUGGAGGUGGGAGGAGCUGUAAAACGAGCAGCACGUCAAAGACAGCUUUUUAUUUUGCUGUUUCAGUGCAAACCUAGUACUCCUAAACAAUCUGGCCAUAUUUCUGAGGUUUGCUGAAUAUUUCUCCUAGUUCAUCGAGGCUCACUGAGCCGCAAGCAUUGUCUCAGCCCCUAUGUUUAAUUGCCAUUGCCCUUCACGGCCUAGGACCCUUGUACCUACGGGACCGCCUCUCCUGGUAUGCCCCACGGAGAGCCUCAAGGUCCAUAAAUAGCAACACCCUAGAGGUCCGAGGCCCUAAGGACGUUAGAUUAGCCUCAACCAGAGCCAGGGCCUUUUCAACACUGGCUCCGGCCUGGUGGAACACUCUGCCUCAUGAGACCAGGGCCCUGCAGGAUCUGAUUUCUUUCCACAGGGCCUGUAAGACAGAGUUGUUCCACCUGGCCUUUGGCUUAGAAUUACUUUGAUUCCCUCCCCCUCUUUCUUUUUCCUUUUUCCUUUCUCCUCCUGUGAUGAGGCUGCAUUUUAAUAUUUUAAUGUUUCAAUAUUUUAAUGUUGUAUUUUAAUCUUGUUUUUAAGUUGUAUUCAUUCAACUUGUUUUUAUUAUUGCUUGUUAGCCGCCCUGAGCCCGGCCUUGGCUGGGGAGGGCGGGGUAUAAAUAAAUACUAUUAUUAUUAUAGACCCUGGGAUUGGGCACCUGGAAUACAGCCAGUUUAUGUAACCAGAACAACUAAAUUCUGCAACCUGCAUAAAUUACAUAAGCAGAGUGGAGUGCAGGCUUUACAUAUUUCUGCAGUUUUGCUCUUUUGCAUAAUUUGGCCGGCUUUCAUUACUCAUGGGGGACAGACAAGGAACCAUGCAAAACAUAUAACCAUAAAACAUAGCAAUUAAAUUAACAGUAAAAUGCCAGCAACUUCCAAUAUCACCAAUCACAACUGUAUUCAGUAUUGACAAUCAGAUCAACUAGAAUAGUUGAAAUGAUUUCGGAACCAUAUUGUGCAGCUGCUUUAUGUAAGGAGAUCUGUGGUACAAAUUACUGAUGGUUUGUUUCUUUGGUCCAGCUGGAUGUCUUGCACAGAAGAUGGGGCUCCCCAUUGAUCUUGUGGCAGUGGUAAAUGACAACGAUGUGGUACACAGAGCUAUCCAACAGGGUGAUUUCUCAUUGUCCAGGUCUGUGAAGUCAACACUGGCUUCAGCAAUGGAUAUUCAGGUAAUUUAGCUGGAGAGGAACGUGCUGUUUAGUAUGGUAGAAAUGUGAGGACCAGCUCAACCUCUCUUUCAAAUCAGAACCAGUGAUUGUCCUGUGUGAGUGUCUGGAGGUGGUUGGAGGAUGGAUGGUGGCUAACAGAUUGAGGUUGAAUCCUGACAAGACAGAAGUACUGUUUUGCGGGGACAGGAGGCAGGCAGGUGUGGAGGACUCCCUGGCCCUGAAUGGGGUAACUGUGCCCCUGAAGGACCAGGUGCGCAGCCUGGGAGUCAUUUUGGACUCACAGCUGUCCAUGGAGGCGCAGGUCAAUUCUGUGUCCAGGGCAGCUGUCUACCAGCUCCAUCUGGUACGCAGGCUGAGACCCUAUCUGCCCGCAGACUGCCUCACCAGAGUGGUGCAUCCUCUGGUUAUCUCCUGCUUGGACUACUGCAAUGCGCUCUACGUGGGGCUACCUUUGAAGGUGACCCAGAAACUACAACUAAUCCAGAAUGCGGCAGCUAGACUGGUGACUGGGAGCGGCUGCCGAGACCACAUAACACCGGUCUUGAAAGACCUACAAUUGGCUCCCAGUACGUUUCCGAGCAUAAUUCAAAGUGUUGGUGCUGACCGUUAAAGCCCUAAACGGCCUCGGUCCAGUAUACCUGAAGGAGCGUCUCCACCCCCAUCAUUCUACCCGGACACUGAGGUCCAACGCCGAGGGCCUUCUGGCGGUUCCCUCCCUGCGAGAAGCCAAGUUACAGAGAACCAGGCAGAGGGCCUUCUCAGUAGUGGCACCCGCCCUGUGGAACGCCCUCCCACCAGAUGUCAAAGAGAACAACAACUACCAGACUUUUAGAAGACAUCUGAAGGCAGCCCUGUUUAGGGAAGCUUUUAAUGUUUGAUGCAUUACUGUAUUUUAAUAUUUUGUUGGAAGCCGCCCAGAGUGGCUGGGGAAGCCCAGCCAGAUGGGUGGGGUAUAAAUAAUAAAUUAUUAUUAUUAUUAUUAUUAUUAUUAUUAUUAUUAUUAUAGCUCCCUCCCCCAGUCAUGCUCACUCCAUUGAUGGACCAUUCCAUCAGCCUUGCUGGGACAUCGGCUCCCUCAGCCUCCUCUCUCCCCCAGUUGUCAAUCAUCAUCAGCUAUUCUAUCAGGCUGACGCAGAGGGAGAAAUGGGCUACAUAUGGCUUCCAUUCCAGCUGGCUUUUUGCAGGAACUUCUGGGCAAGAACUGGUGCCUGAGUUUGCCUGCCAGUUUGACAGCCAAUUUCCUCCCUUUCUCAAGGGAAAAGGUAGUGAGGGAAACACAGAGAGUCAGUUUGGGGAAGUCUGUUGGGAUGUUCUUCCUGGAUGAAGCCCUGGUUGGUGAAGGAACUCCUUGCAGAGUGACUUAGCUGCCUCAAGAUCCUAAGACCGUUCCCUUGAACUAUAUAGAGAAGGGAUGGAGAAACCGUGGCUUUCCGGGUGGUGUUGGACUCCAACUCCCAUCAGCCAUAUCCAGAGGUCAGGGAUUAUGGGAACUGUAGUCCUGAAAAAUCUGAUAUCUCUCCCUGAUUUAGAGCCAUACCAUAGCCCUUUGGGCUUUCUGGAACGUGAAACAAUUUAUUUAAGGUAGAUAAAGACAAGAUGAAAUUAUACAAUUGAAUAUAAAUAUAGAUGGGAAACGGCUAUGUAUUGUGAGUACUUAUCUACUUUUAAAAUUUUUCACUUAUGAUCUUUUUCUUUUACUUCUUUAUUCUUUCUUUGUUCUUUUUUUCUUUUUUCUGAUAUCUUAUCUUUCAUUUCACUGCUUUAUUGUGAAUAGCAUUUUAUAAAGGUAUAAAUAACUGUAAAUAUGAAAAGAGACAAAAUAUUCUCUAAUUCUUUUUCCUUGGUUAGAUGUAUUUUCUUUUUCUUUUGUAUUUUCUUUUUCUUUUGUAUUUUCUUUUGUUGUGAAUAUGUAUGUUUUCUAAUUUGUGCUUAAUAAAAAUUAUUAUUAUUUUUUAAAAAAAUAGAUUUGUUGAUGGGUGCCUUUUUCCUGUAAUCCAUUUCCUUUGGCUCCAGCAUAAUCUUUGCCAUAUCUAAAUGCUUGCUUGCUUCUGAAGAUAAACCUCCUUCUAGAAAACGGCCUGUGCCAUCUUUUCCUUUGCUAGGAACCUUACAACAUGGAAAGGAUCUUUUGGCUGUUCUCCGGCUCAGACAGCAACUUGGUCCGAAGUUUGAUGGAAGAAUUUUACUCUGCUAAAAAAGUCCAGCUCCCGUCCCAGUUGCAAAAGAAGGUUAGCUAUGAUUUGCCUAUGAUUCUUCAGCUUGCUUUUAGUUUGAAGGCUCUCUUUCAGGAGCGGCUGCCGUGCAACGGGCCUCACGUCAGAAGCAUCGCUUCCUGGAAGGGAGAGGAGAGGUAUUGGUGGGGAGAUCAAUGCAAUGCUUAGGGAUGGCAGGAUGCAGCUGUGCCGAUCAACCAGUUGCGAUGUUCACUGCACAGGUGAUGUCUACAGUUUCUCUGGUGGAAUCUAGGUAAAGGUAAAGGGACCCCUGAACAUUAGGUCCAGUCGUGACCAACUCUGGGGUUGUGGCGCUCAUCUCGCUUUAUUGGCCAAGGGAGCCGGCGCACAGCUUCUGGGUCAUGUGGCCAGCAUGACUAAGCCGCUUUCUGGAGAACCAGAGCAGCGCACGGAAGUGCUGUUUACCUUCCCACCGGAGCGGUACCUACCGUAUUUUUCGCUCUAUAACAUGCACCCGACCAUAACACGCACCUAGUUUUUAGAGGAGGAAAACAAGAAAAAAAAUAUUCUUAACACAGUGGGUGUAUGAUUUUUGUGGUUCAUGCUGUGGCCACAGACAUGUGAUCUGACAGUGAGUUUGGAGUAGCCCAAUGCAAAAAUCCUGAGGAUCCAUGUGGAUCCAUGCUUUGUAACCACGUUUUAAGUGGGGAGGGAAGGAAAAGCACUCAAGGGACAAGGAGCAUGCGUGGGGUGGGUGGAGAAGGAUGCUGCUAAUAAUGCAGAAGAGGGGUUUAAGGGGAGAAGGAACACGCGUGGGGUGGGUGGAGAAGGAUGCUGCUAAUAAUGAAGAAGAGGGGUAUAAGGGGAGAAGGCUCCUCUCCUCUCCCACUUUGCUCCUUUAAAGCAAGCAGGCUCUGCUUUUCUUCCUCCUCCCCGCUCAUCCCCGGCUUAGCGAGCUGAAAAACUUUGCUGCUAUGUAGCGAGCUGAGUGGGGAGGAGAGAGGGACAGAGAGCCUGCUUGCUUUAAAGGAACCAACCGCUUUGCUCCUUUAAAGAAGCAGGCUCUCUGUCCCUCUCUCCUCCCCGCUCAGCGGCUAUUCUCCCACUUUGCUGUUUCAUAGCGAGCCACGGAGGAGGGAAGGAAGGGGAACCAUGGAUCCUCUGCUCACGGCUGCAGCAGAUCCCCCCCCGCCACCCGUAGGCAUUCCCUCCAUAACACGCACAUUUUCCCUUACAUUCUAGGAGGAAAAAAGUGAGUGUUAUGGUGCAAAAAAUACAGUAUUUAUCUACUUGCACUUUGACGUGAUUUCGAACUGCUAGGUUGGCAGGAGCAGGGACCGAGCAACGGGAGCUCACCCCGUCACGGGGAUUCGAACCGCCGACCUUCUGAUCGGCAAGCCCUAGGCUCUGUGGUUUAACCCACAGCGCCACCCGCGUCCCUCUGGUGGAAUCUACACAUAUAUUUGAAAACACUGUGGAAAAAACGUACAUAAAGCGUAAUACAGUGGUACCUCGGGUUAAAAACUUAAUUCGUUCUGGAGGUUCGUUAUUAACCUGAAACUGUUUUUAACCUGAGGUACCACUUUAGCUAAUGGGGCCUCCUGCUGCUGCCGUGCCGCCGGAGCACAAUUUCUGUUCUCAUCCUGAAGCAAAGUUCUUAACCUGGGGUACUAUUUCUGGGUUAGCGGAGUCUGUAACCUGAAGUGUAUAUAACCUGAGGUACCACUGUAUUUGCAGCUGUAUCCUCUGAGUCUGGUUACAGCUUUCUGAGUCCUCUGUCUCGUUGCAGCUUUCUGAAGGUCUGAAGUCUUGCUCAGUCUCUGAUGAAGAAAUUGUCCAAACCAUGAGACGCUGCUGGGAGGACAACCGCUAUCUCCUGUGUCCCCAUUCCGCCACUGCUGUUUGCUACCAUUAUAAGCGCUCCAGUUGCCAUCCAAGCAUGUAAGCAUGAAUUUGUCUGCACGCUUUAGUAGCUUCCUUAUUACAGAAUUAUAUAUAUUAUAGAAUAUUGUUAGUAUUAUUAUAAUAUACUAAAGCAUGCAAAUGAAUAUAGCAAUUUAAAAAAUAUAUUUAUUAUUUAUUAAUUGCAUAAAUAAAUUAUAUUGCAGCUAUAAUAAGAUUAAUAAAAUCAUAGUAUUAACAACAACAACAACCUGUGCUUUUUGUUUCUUACCAGUAUAAUACCCAUCCUGAGAACAUAAAAUGAUGUUGAUAAAAAGGUGCUAACCUUUAAAGCCUUAAAAUACCUGAGUCCUGCAUACCUGAAGGAGCGUCUCCACCCCCAUCAUCAUCCCGGACACUGAGGUCCAGCACUGAGCGCUUUCUGGCGGUUCCCUCGCUGCGAGAAGUGAAGUUACAGGGAACCAGGCAGAGGGCCUUCCCAGUGGUGGCACCCGCCCUUUGGAACGCCCUCCCAGCAGAUGUCAAGGCAACAAACAACUAUUUUACUUUUAAAAGACAACAGAAGGCGGCCCUGUUUAGGGAAGUUUUUAAUGUCUGAUGCUGUAUUGUUUUUAAUAUUCGGUUGGAAGCCGCCCAGUGUGGCUGGGGAAACCCAGCCAGAUGGGUGGGGUAUAAAUAAUAAAUUAUUAUUAUUAUUAUUAUUAUUAUUAUUAUUAUUAUCCACUCUCCCACCUGCAGCAUGGGAGAUAAUACUGUAAAUUUAGCUUGUAGUUAUUUAUCUCCUUGACAUCUGAUGGGAGGGCGUUCCACAGGGCGGGCGCCACUACCAAGAAGGCCCUCUGUCUGGUUCCCUGUAGUUUCCCAUCCCUCGGAGCUGAACCUCAGUGUCUGGGCUGAACGAUGGUGGUGGAGACGCUCCUUCAGGUAUACAGGGCCAAAGCUGUUUAGGGCGCAAUAUGUGAAGGGACCCACAAGGAUUUGAAGAUCAACAAAUUUACUGUGGCAAGAGCAUUCUUUGAGAUGGAACCCAUUCAGUCCUGUCCAAAUUUCAGAGAUGUUUUGAGGUUUGAGAUGUGCUCAUUUCCUCUUUUCUUCCGCUCCAGUUCCAGGUGUUGCUUGGCUCCUGCCUCCCCUGUGAAGUUUGAAAAUGCCGUUCUUAAAGCCGAUCUCACCCUCGACAUCUCGCCUGAGAUACGGAAGCUGAAAGACAUGGAGACCAGAUCUUGUGCCCUGAAGAGAGGCGAUGACUGGGCAAAACUACUGCGGCAGCAAAUAGAAGCAGUUGCGAAACAGAGAAAUCCUACGCCAAGCUGAACAUUUGCAACGAGUCCCCUAGUUGAUUGCGCCAUCGAAGUCUCCUACUGUUACGCAAGGCAUAUGAUAAGAGAGUUGGUGCUGCUUUCGCUAAUGAAUAAAGCAUAGUUGUGUCACAGUUCUUGCA